AUGCCACUCAAGGAGAAGGCAACACCUUCACUAACACCAAGGCCUAUGCCUGCCUCGCCCACUGCUAGGCACCUAACCCUUACCUCUCACAUGCCCAACGCCUUACCAGGAUGCCCAGCCUCUAGCACCUUUUGCCCAGCGGUGCCUGGCACCCUGCCUCCAGCUAUUGGUGUUAUCUACACCUCGUCUUUGCACCUCCUACGCCCCUUGGUGCUGUGCCAACUCACUUCAAGGAUGCAUCCCCACCUCGCUGGAGAAUCUGUGAUGCCCCAAAAACUGGGGGUCCCGUUGAUCGCCCAUCAACCC